AUGUUGUCGACAGGCCAUGAACCCCCGUUGCGUGUCACAUACCUGGCCGGGUACAUCGUCCUCUCUUAUGUGAUCAGUGCAAUGGGAUGCGCAACCACAUUGGAAUUGCUCCACCGCCGGACAUCGAGGUCUGGUCUAUACAACUGGUACCUUCUCCUAACUUCAUCAAUCACAAUGGGCGGCAUAGGAAUUUGGUGUAUGCACUUUAUCGGCAAUCGCGCCAUCGUCCUGGGCGAUGGCGAGGCAGACUUGCAAGUCCUAUACAAUGUCUCUUUCACAGGUAUCUCCUUCGUGCUGCCUGUGGUAGUACUACUAUUUGCCUUCUACGCUGUGGGCGUUGAGGAGAAGGCAGGCUAUCUUCGCAUCCUUCUCGGAGGCUUGCUCACAGGUAGCUCUGUCUGCGGUAUGCACUACGUCGGUCAACUCGGAAUCUCGAACUAUAGGUGCUCCUACAAUGUCGCCAAUGUCGUGGGCUCGGCGAUCAUCGCCAUUUUCUCUAGUACUGCUGCUCUGGGCAUCUUCUUCCGCUGGAGAGCGUCUUGGACUGAUAGCUGGUGGAGACGAGGAAUUUGUGCUUGCUUAUUGGCGUGUGCUGUCUCGGGCAUGCAUUGGACUGCGGCUGUCGGAACGGUAUAUCUGGAUCACAACCGCGGGGCUAUGAAGGGAACUCAGUUGUCGAGGAGUCAGGUUGUUAUUGUCUGCACUGUUCUGGCCUGUGUUGCAUGUGCGGUGCUGUCAAUGUGCGCUAUUAUCGCUGGGCGAAAUCGCAGAAAGUCGACGACACGUGCCCACCAACUUGUUCUUGCCUGUGCCUACUUUGAUCCCACGGGACGAAUCAUGGUUACGACGCAGGCUAUGCUCCCCACGAGGAAGAUUGUCGAUCAUUAUAUCGGACGGACAUUCAAAGAUGACGACCUCACGCGCACCCACCCUACAUUCCUGUGGGCGUUUAGGGCAACUCGGAACUGGCCGGUCGUGAAAGAUCUGGUUCCCUUCAUGCGAAACCGCCUCAAUUCCGAAGAAAGUGCCAUUGAGAAACACAUGCUAUCCCGAGGAGUGAUUAUGGAUCAAGAUACGGAGUUGCAAACUGACUUUGAUACCUUAUUCAAGCAACUCUUCUGUGUCACAGCCCAAGAGCUCUCCGAUCAACUUUCUCUGCCUCUCCAGGACCUAGGUACACUCUACGACGAUGUCAUCUCUACUGCUAUCCCCGUCUCCCGACUUUCUAAAGCCAUGGGCCGCUCGUCCCUCCGCACUGGGAAGGGCCAAAUAAUGUUCACCGUUCGCCAGCUAGAGAAGCAUGAGGCAGCACGACUGGGAUCACAAGGAUUCCGAUUCGCAACCAUCGAGCAUGUCACAGGAAUGCUUUCCCGACGCAUUCAUGUCCCCGAAGCUAACCUAUCCGAGUCCCUCCGCGAUAUGCGCGACUACGCAAGCUCAAAUCGCGGCUUCGACGAAGGAGUGCACCUCAUCUCCUUCUUGAUGCGCCCAACAAUCCACGAUCACUUCGAGAUCCUCACCUCUAAGGGCGUCGGCAACCCCCUCCCAUCCGCCACUCUCCCGAUCAAACAACUUCAAGUCCACCACUUAGAACUCAUCUCCCGCAUGGAAGGGUGGUCCAUGGACACAUGCAUACGCUACCUGCAAUCAGCCGCCGCAGCACAAGCCUUCCCCAACCUAUCCGACUUCCGUGGCCACCUCACCAAAUCCAUCAUCUCCCUCUCACAAACCAUCCCAAAAGACAUACGUGGAGCAGCACAACUAUCCUCCCGCCCUUUGACAGCUCCCUGCCGCAGCAGACCCUCCAACCCCGCCAACCCCGAAACAGCCAUGCAAAACACCUGCACCCUCCUAACAUUCUGCGUCGUCGGCACACUUGACACCCAAAUCUCCAACCCAGACUACACCUUCACCCCCUUCCGCCUCUUCCGCGUCCAGCAACAAGUAAACGAAGCUUUCAGCGACAAUGAUGACUUCGCCCGCGAACUGAGCCAAGAACUCUUCUGCACAGACGUGCACUCGGGCUCGAACGCUAGCGACCACGAUCUCACCUCCUCUACUAAAAUGGCCAUUCUGCGUCUGUGGCCGUCCCGCAAGACCUCGCCGACAUUGAACUCGGGCUCCGGCUCACGACACUCCCAGGAAUCAAUUGUGGAUCAUUCUGCGACUGCGUUGCGGGAUAUCACUGUUCGAAAGGAGGUUCGCGUUGAUUAUACCAAUCUUCAUGAGAAGUCAAAUCAGAAUAAUCUCGGUAUUCGGGAUUCGAAGGCGGUUGUUGGUGGUGCUGAGACUACGCCUGCGACUUACGUCGAUGAGUUGUAUAGUCUUUGCUAUGCGCCAGGAAUUCGGCUAAGGGCUGAUGCGUCGUUGCAAAAUAUUUCGCGUGGAUCGACUGCAUGUUGA